AUGAAUAUAUUACAUUACACAAUAUUGACUAGUUUCAUAUAUGUUUAUUCCAUGCAUUUCAUUUUUCUUUUCCACAAAAUGCAACUAAAUGAAGCAAAAUGCCAGUUUUCUGAAUAUUCAGUUCUUAAACCAAAUCAACUUUGGUGGACACAUGAUGGUCAACGUUUACCACCUGUUUCAUUUAAUCUUAACGAUUACUUACGUAAAUUUGUUGUAAAACAGGGUUUUGAUUUAACCGCUGCCGCCGAAGGAUGGAAUCAAAUGCUUGUAUCAUCAAAUACUGAUUUAUUGUGGAUACAGCAACUGUGUUUACAUCCAUAUCAACGUUUGAAUGUGAAACAGAAUGGAUCUUCCUCAUCAUCAUCUUCAUUAAUAGGAAGAAGAUUUAUUCAACUGUCACCACUAUUUAAUGGUUUGAUUGCAUUUGAUGAAGAUGACUGGUGUAGUCGUAAUACAGUAUUAUGGGAUUCAGAUGAAGAAUCUGAUAAAACGAAUGACACUUUCGUUCAUCUUAUACAUUAUAGCAUUAAAUGUGAAAAGAUUAUCUAUUGCAAACAUUAUAAAUUUAUAGUGCAGUUAGAUCUAACAAAUUCAGGUCCAGUUUAUCAAUGUUUGUAUUUUCAACUGCUUAAUAAAAAUGAUCCAAUAAAAAUUAUCAAUAUUCUACAAAGUAAACAUGUCAGUCUACAUCCUGAUGAAUCACUAUGCGAUGACAGAGCUGAAUUUGAUUCGAUUCUCUGGAUACCUUCACUCUCUAAAAAUCUGAAUGAUUUAUUCAUUCCAUGUCCUUUUGUUGGUGGAUUCCAAAUUACAAGUUUAAGUAGAGUUACUUCUGAAAAACCUAUUUGUGAAUAUCAGACAUUCGCAACAUUGGAAAGUGAUUGUGUUAUAAAUGAAGGGAUUGAGUGGACGUUUGAUGACCCAAAGUGUAAUAUAUUUGAGGUCAACAGCAUCAGUCAUCAUAAUUGUUACGCUUCUUGGAAAAGGAUGGUUUGA